CACAAAACACACCCUCUUGCCAUUAUAGCUUCACCUUUUCACCUGGAUCUUGUGUUUUUAACUUUUACCAUUAGCAUAAAAGGUAGCCAUAUAUACAUAAUGUGGGUUGUUUUGUGGGUUUCUUGAAUCUUAGCUUUCUAGGGGUUCGUUUGCAGAUUAGUAGCAUUUGCAUUGUGCUCUACAAGGAGAAAGAAACAGAAAGAGUAAGAAAUGGCACCAAUAGUGGUGAAGCCAGAUGAUCCACCGCCACAUACACCAAAAGAUCAGCUUCCCAAUGUAUUCUACUGCAUUACCAGUCCUCCUCCAUGGCCUGAGGCCAUCCUUCUUGGAUUUCAACAUUAUAUAGUGAUGCUUGGCACAACAGUGAUCAUACCCACAGCGCUGGUUCCUCAAAUGGGGGGAGGAAACGAGGAGAAAGCUAAAGUUAUUCAGACUCUACUAUUUGUUGCUGGAUUGAACACUCUAUUGCAGUCAGUUGUUGGAACAAGAUUACCUGUUGUGAUGGGAGGGUCAUACACUUUUGUUGCACCCACACUUUCGAUUAUCCUAUCCGGUCGAUGGAGUGACCCAGACCCUGUUUCAAAAUUCAAGAAGAUAAUGCGGGCAACACAGGGUGCACUCAUUGUUGCUUCAACCAUUCAAAUAGUACUAGGUUUCAGUGGUCUUUGGCGUAAUGUUGCAAGGUACCUGAGUCCAAUUUCAGCUGUUCCUUUGGCAACUCUUGCAGGUUUUGGACUUUAUGAGUUUGGUUUUCCAGGGGUUGGAAAAUGUGUUGAAAUUGGACUGCCACAGCUCGUAAUUGUAAUUUUUAUUUCUCAGUAUCUGGUCAACCUGAUAAGCCCAGGAAAGCAUAUCUUUGAACGUUUUUCAGUUUUAAUCACGGUGGCAAUUGUAUGGAUUUAUGCCCAUUUACUUACUGUGGGUGGGGCCUAUAAUGGUAAAGCACCAAAGACUCAAACAAGCUGCAGAACCGAUCGUGCGGGACUUAUUGAUGCUGCUCCAUGGAUAAGAGUUCCAUACCCGUUUCAAUGGGGCGCACCUUCAUUUGAUGCAGGUGAAGCCUUUGCCAUGAUGAUGGCAGCGUUUGUUUCUCUUGUGGAGUCGUGUGGUGCCUUCAUCAGUGUGUCCAGAUUAGCUAGUGCAACUCCUUUGCCACCAUCUAUUUUUGGCCGUGGUAUUGGCUGGCAGGGCGUUGCUAUCUUGUUGUCUGGUUUGUUUGGAACUGGAAAUGGAUCAUCAGUUGCUGUUGAGAACGUUGGCUUAAUAGGACUGACGCGUGUUGGCAGUCGUAGAGCUGUGCAGAUAUCUGCCGGAUUCAUGAUUUUCUUUUCAGUUCUUGGAAAAUUCGGAGCAGUCUUUGCUUCAAUCCCAGCACCAAUUUUUGCUGCUUUAUACUGCGUUUUCUUUGCCUACGUUGGUACGGGUGGUUUAGCUUUUCUUCAGUUCUGCCAGCUUAACAGUUUCCGCAACACAUUCAUAUUAGGCUUUCCUAUUUUUAUGGGAUUAUCCGUGCCCCAAUACUUCAACGAGUACACCGCUAUAAAGGGCUAUGGUCCUGCCCACACGACCGGGAGAUGGUUCAACGACUUAAUAAACGUCCCUUUCUCGUCGGGAGCCUUUAUAGCCGGGAUAUUGGCAUAUUUUCUCGACAACACAUUGGAGAAGAAGGAUCCUCAAGUGAGGAAAGACAGAGGCAGACAUUGGUGGGACAGAUUCCAUUCCUUCAAGAGUGAUCCAAGAAGUGUGGAAUUCUAUUCCCUUCCCUUCAAUCUCAAUAAAUAUUUCCCAUCUGCAUAAUUUUUGUUGUAGUCCUCGUGCUGCUAUUCCCUUCCCUUCAAUCUCAAUAAAUAUUUCCCAUCUGCAUAAUUUUUGUUGUAGUCCUCGUGCUGCUAUUCCCUUCCCUUCAAUCUCAAUAAAUAUUUCCCAUCUGCAUAAUUUUUGUUGUAGUCCUCGUGCUGCUAUUCCCUUCCCUUCAAUCUCAAUAAAUAUUUCCCAUCUGCAUAAUUUUUGUUGUAGUCCUCGUGCUGCUAUUCCCUUCCCUUCAAUCUCAAUAAAUAUUUCCCAUCUGCAUAAUUUUUGUUGUAGUCCUCGUGCUGUUAAGUAGUUCGUAAUAACUAAAAUAUGGGCCGAGGGGUCGUACCAUUGUUGUUCGACUUGUGUAAUUUGUUACGUGGUAAAGUAAUAUAAAUAGUCUGACCAUUUUAAGGAUGUC